CAUUCACCUUAGUUUCUCCAAACCCUCGGCCUGUCGUUCUAAACCAUCAGUCGUGUGUGUUUGUGCAGCGAAACGUUUCUCCUCCCUUCUCGUCGUCCCUUUUGCUAGUGUGUGUGCAGCAUAGGUGAAGUGAUGGGAGCAGAAGAGGACUCCAUCGAACAAGCUGCAGCAGCUCGCCGGGAGAGGCUAAGAGCCCUUAAAGCUGCUCAGGAAUUGCUAAACACUCCAGAUGAGGGUGCUGCUCAACAUGAGCGUGAGUCUAAUGAUGAGAAUGGGACUAAUGAAGAAAAUAAUCUCAACAUGAAAUUUCGGAACUAUGUUCCUCAUGAUAAGCAGCUUCAGGAGGGAAAGCUUGCUCCACCAGUGUUACCAAAGUUUGAAGACCCUGUUGCAGCUGCGCCUCCACCAUCAGAAAAGGAGGAUCCAUUUGUGAAUAUUGCUCCAAAGAAACCAAACUGGGACCUUAGGAGGGACGUGCAGAAGAAACUUGAUGAGCUCGAAAGACGCACCCAAAAGGGAUUGUUUAAAAUUAUGGAGGAACAAGAAAAAGAGAAGCAAUUGGCUGAAGAAAAUGGCGGCAAUAGUGCAGAAGACUAAAACUAGAAUUUUUGGAGGUGAAGCUCAGUUGGGGAAUUGUGGCAAAAGCAGUGCAGAAGAAAUCAGUUUAGGUAAGAAGAUAUCAGUUGAAAGAACUUCUGGAAUCAUCUAGUAGGAAAAAAAAAAGGUUGAAAUUGGGCGAAGGCGCCAUAUUCCAUCCAUCUCGAUAGGUUCUGCUAGAUAUUGUUGUAUGCAGGUUUUGAAUGUUGUGUUUGUAACUUUCUUUUUUAUAGCCUGUAUCUAUCAACUCUCUUUCAAACAGUAUGUUUUAAUGACAUCUUGUUACCUCA